AUGAAUAAGGAAACAUCUGAAGAACCUUCAAUUGAACCUCAAGUUCAAGGUAACGAAUCCAUUGAAGAGACUCAACUGGAACAUACUUACUCAACACGAUCGAAAGAAAGGAAACGAGAAGAAGAACUUCAAAGGAAAUCCCAAUUAAAACAAAAACAACAUAAUGUAAUAAUCCAUCCUAGAUUGAAACCUGUCCCUUUCAAAAAUCUGGAUUUAAUUCCUGUUUCUUUACCAGAACCAAAUGCAGCAACAACAAUAAAUGAAAUUGAAUUUUUCCAAACAGAAGAUUUACCAUUAAAUAAACGCGGGUUUAAAUAUAAACAUUGUCGACCAAAUCCCAAUUUCCCUUCUAAUUUGUAUUCAACAACUGAUGUUCCACCUUAUCAUGUAUGUACAAGUUUAUUUGAUAGAUCUUCAGGUGUUUUAUUUAGCAAUGACCUAAAAUCAAUAACAACAUCACAAGGAUGGAGAUCAGCAAGAACAAAUGUUUGUAUACGUGAAGGGUCAUAUUACUUUGAAUUUAAGAUAUUGAAUUCUAAUGAAAAAAGUCAUGUUCGAAUAGGGAUUGGAAGAAAGGAAGCUAGUUUGGAAGCACCAGUAGGAUUUGAUGGUUAUAGUUAUGGGUUGAGAGAUGUUGAUGGACAAUUUAUGACGAUUAGUCGAAGACAAAAGUUGUGCGUUGAGAAUGGAUUUAAAACUGGAGAUGUAAUUGGAUUUUUGAUACAAUUACCAUCUUUGGAAGAACAUCGAAGGGCCAUAGAGGAAUUUGUCAAUGAAAAAUCACAAUUACAACCAGAACAAAAAUUGAAAAAAAGGAAAAAAAAGAAAAUAGAAAAUGAUAUUAAAGAUAAUGUAAAAUUCAUUGAACAUGGUAAUAUUGUACGAGAUCAAAUUCCUAUCAAAUACAAAAAUGGGUUAUAUUAUGAACAAUAUGAAUACACAACAACCAAAACAAUGGAACAUUUACUUAAUCCCGUGACAGUUUUCGGAGAGAAAGCAAUCAUAGAAAUGGAUGACAAAAGGAAAAACAUCCCGGUGAUUCCAAAUUCCAAAAUACGUUUAUUUAAAAAUGGAGUGGAGCAAGAGUCAAUAAUUGAUUUAUAUUCAUUUUUACCAACAAACAUUGAAGAUCAUGAGGAUAUUAAUUUAGGACCCAAUACUAAACAACAACAAAAUCCAAACUACCGAAAUACUGAUGAUGGAACAUUAGGGUAUUAUCCAAUGCUUUCAGCUUUCCAAUAUGGUGUAGUUAAUUUAAAUGCUGGACCCAAUUUUGAAUUCCCACCGCUGGAACCUGUCAAGCCAUUGAGUGAUCGAUACAAUGAACAAGUGGUAGAACAAUUUUAUUGGGAUAUCCUCGAUGAAGUGGAAGCUGAAUAUUUAGAUAGUUUUGAUUUAUAA